AAGGCCAAGAUAAUAAACACUAACUUUACUUUCUCCCUUCAUUUGCCACCCACCACUACAAACUUAUAACCCCACUUCCAAAGUUCCAACCUUUUCCGUUCUCUCUUUUCUCUCUACAAAGAUGAUACCAUAUUGAGAGAAAGUUCUUUUUUUUUUUUUUUUUCUCUGCCUCCAAAGCAAAACUUGAUUGUUAUCAUAUAGGAUCAAUAACCCACCAUAAGAGAAACCAAGCCCCAAAAGUAUACAACAACAAUCAUGGGGGAUGGAGGAGAUGCAGUUGGGAUGAGAGGUCUCAAUGAAGAAGAAGAUGAUGAUGUUGGAAAGAAUGAAGAAGAAAACAAGUGGCCACCGUGGCUGAAGCCACUUCUCCAAACAAGCUUCUUUGUUCAAUGCAAAGUUCACGCUGAUUCCCACAAAAGUGAAUGCAAUAUGUAUUGCUUGGACUGUAUGAAUGGAGCCCUUUGCUCUGCCUGUUUGGCUUCUCACAGAGAACACAGAGCUAUUCAGAUAAGGAGGUCAUCAUACCACGAUGUGAUAAGGGUGUCUGAGAUACAGAAAUUUCUGGACAUAACAGGGGUCCAGACAUACAUUAUCAACAGUGCCAAGAUUGUGUUCUUGAAUGAAAGGCCUCAACCUAGGCCUGGCAAAGGAGUCACCAAUACCUGCCAGGUCUGUGAGCGCAGUCUUCUUGAUUCCUUCAACUUCUGCUCUCUUGGUUGUAAGGUAGUUGGAACCUCCAAGAAGUUCCGGAAGAAAAAAAUGUUAGCUGAGAAAGAUGGGUCUGAUGGUGAAGAAUCAGUGAAUGGCAUUAGCAAAAGAAGUGCCAGGAACAAAAUCCAGAGCUUUACUCCAUCAACACCACCACCAACAGUGGUUAAUUACAGGACUGCUAAGAGGAGGAAGGGAGUCCCACAUAGAGCUCCAAUGGGAGGAGGUCUUAUUAUAGAAUACUAAUGCUAUAUAGUCUAUAGAUAUAGUAUUAGUGGGUUUAAGGUCACUUAGCAAACAAUAAUUAUACCCAGUAAGAUACACCAGUUGUUGCCUCUUCCCUAAGUGGCAAUGUGGGGUCCUUAGAUCUAUGCUUUAUUAUAUUUUACAAUACCUGAGCCCUGCUCACUGAGGCCGGUGUUGGAAUCUACUGCUCUAUCUUGUAUAGAACAAAUCUAUAGGAGGAAAACCCUCAAAAAAUAAUAAUAAUAAUAAUAAUAAUGAAGGAAAAAUAUAGGUUAAAAAAAUAAGUAUAGAAUAUAGAAUGGGAGUACUUUAUCUUGGUAUAAGAAUAGCAAUUAUAUGUGUUAGUAUCAGAUGCUAAAUGUACAGAGUGGUUUGUAGAAAGCUGUUGUAAUUCUAGACAAUAAAAGUGUUUAUCAUGAUUAUUAAAAUAUUCCCCUAGUUUGGUAUAUGUCCAUCGUUUUUGUCCUUUGAAAGACUUGAAAGUGCGAUGUAAACCUUGUUGGGCCGGUGCAUGAGUGGUCUAUAUUUCAGAAUGUAAUUGACUUCUCUUUCUCUUUCUCUUUUUUGCUUUUGGUGCUUGAAUUCUC